AUGACUCAGCGACGCCACAUUGUAGUAGACCCCUCUUCUAUAGAUCCAAAGGAACUUGCGGAUGUGGCCAGUCUGGAUGGUACAGAAGGGUGCCCAGCUCCACUGUUGGGAAGGUGUUUGUUGGGAUGUUACUAUUUCUUCAGACCGAGUAAACGACCCAUUAUCUACGAGAUUGACCCAACAUUAUUUGUUGAGCCCGUUUGGACUGGCACCCGUUCGACUGACGUUAAAUCAGACGACGAAGUGGUAAUCGACACAUUAGUGGAAUCUAGGCCACUGCGACUCAUGUCUACGGUAUUCUCCAGCAACCUGGCGCCAUCUACCAGCCAUCAAAGGUCUGCGGUCGAGCUACCAGGCCAGCUACCGGACGAAUCGGAAUCCCCAGCUGUUUUAAUUUCUAGGCAGAUGCUAGGAUCAGACGGUCCGAUUUAUGAACACGCCAAAGGUUAUAUACUAGCAAGGUCAGAGAAAAGUGUGCAGGGAACCAUGGAACAAUCCGACGUGUCGACAGCCAAUGGCGACGUUGAUGUAGGUAAUCAACAAUCAGUUAAAGAGACCCCGGAUGUAUCCGUACAUCGAUAUGAAUGGUUCCGAUCCACUCUCGGAUGGACCAGCUCUGUGUAA